AAAAGCCAAGUGCAUGCUACCAGCAGCAGAUCAGAGCACUUUCUCAGUCCUCCAGUGUUUUGAACCAGUGAUCUUCUCUUCUUGGAUCUUGUAUACUCAAGAAAAGAAAAUGCAGAUUUUCAGAAUCCUUCAAAUUUGAUACUCAGCACUGUUAUGAUCUCCUCAUUACUGGAUGUUGAGUCUGGAUAUCAGAAUCGGUAGAGUGAAGCACUCUCCUGUUAAACUGAGGGACCAACUUAAAAUCAACAAAGUAACAACGUGCCUAACACAAUCAGGAAAUCUAGGUCUCUUUAAGUGAAAAGCAAACAACCCUGCCCUUCUUCUGCCCUUUCCCGAAACCUAAAUGUGAUGGCCGCGCUGCUCUUUCCUGUGCAGCUGCUGGCAGUGGCUGUCACCGUUUACCUGGAGCUGGUGAGGUCUGCUCAAGGAGGUGCCUACUAUGGGAUCAAGCAGCUGCCACCUCAGGUGCCCCAGUACCAACCUCUUGGACAACAAGUACCUCACAUGCCGCUGGGCAAAGAAGGCAUCCCAAUGCAGCACAUGGGCAAGGAGAUGCCCCACAUGCAGUACGGGAAAGAGUACCCCCAUCUGCCUCAGUACAUGAAGGAGAUUCCACAGAGGCCCCUGCUUGGCAAGGAUAUGGCUCCCAAGAAAGAGAAAGAAAUGCCCAUACGCAGUCUGAGGGGUGAGCAAGGCCCCCCUGGUGAACCAGGACCAAGAGGGCCACCGGGACCACCUGGAUUACCAGGCCAUGGUGUGCCAGGAGCCAAAGGAAAACCAGGCCCACAAGGAUAUCCAGGAAUUGGAAAGCCGGGUUUGCCAGGGAUGCCAGGAAAACCAGGGGUCAUGGGGCCCCCAGGGCCAAGAGGGGAGAUGGGGCCGAAGGGGGAGAUCGGGCCUAUGGGAAUACCCGGACCACAAGGACCACCAGGACCUCACGGGCUUCCCGGCAUAGGGAAAGCAGGUCCUCCGGGUCUGCAGGGACAGCCAGGGCCAAAGGGCGAGCCUGGGAUGAAGGGGCCACCAGGAAUCCCUGGGAUCCCAGGGCCAAAAGGGGAGAAGGGCAUUGGAAUCCCAGGUUUGCCAGGUCUGAAGGGUCCACCCGGGCUGCCUGGUCCCCCUGGCCCUGUGGGGCUGCCAGGGGUUGGCAAACCAGGCAUGGUUGGCUUCCCUGGGCCACAGGGACCCCUGGGUAAACCUGGACCCCCAGGAGAGCUAGGGCUGCAGGGGCCUCCCGGAGCCCCUGGGAUCCAAGGCCCUCCUGGCCCACCUGGUAUCGGCAAACCAGGCCAGGACGGAAUGCCUGGCCAGCCAGGCUUCCCAGGUGGCAAAGGAGAGCAGGGAUUGCCAGGUCUACCAGGGCCCCCGGGCCCCCCUGGGGUUGGGAAGCCAGGCUUCCCGGGGCCCAAAGGUGAGCGAGGUGUGGGUGGGCUGCCCGGCCCCCUGGGGCCAAAGGGGGAGAAGGGACAUGCAGGACCACCUGGCAUGGGGGGGCCGCCAGGAGAGCCAGGCCAGCCAGGACUGCCAGGCAUCAUGGGACCCCCAGGGGCCGCCGGUUUCCCAGGACCUAAAGGAGAGGGCGGACCCGUGGGGCCACCGGGACCAGUUGGCCCCAAGGGAGAACCUGGCCUGCAGGGUUUUCCGGGAAAGCCAGGCUUUCCUGGGGAAGUGGGGGCCCCUGGGCUGCGGGGGCUGCCGGGCCCCACAGGGCCCAAGGGGGAAGCAGGACACAAAGGCUUGCCGGGGCUGCCGGGUGUCCCAGGGCUUGUGGGGCCAAAGGGUGAGCCGGGGCUCCCCGGUGCCCAGGGGCUUCAGGGACCCUCAGGCAUUCCCGGCAUUGCAGGACCCAGCGGCCCCAUCGGCCCCCCAGGGCUGCCAGGAGCAAAGGGGGAGCCAGGCAUGCCUGGACCCCCUGGCUUCCCUGGUGUAGGCAAACCUGGGGCUGCAGGGUUGCAGGGACCCCCAGGGAAGCCUGGGGCACUCGGUCCUCCCGGCCAGCCAGGGCUCCAGGGGCCACCGGGCCCCCCUGGACCCCCAGGUCCCCCGGUCAUCAUCCCACCCACUCCACCAGCUGUGGGAGAGUACCUGCCUGAGGUGGGUCCAGGGAUAGACGGCGUCAAGCCCCCCUAUGGCUACAAGGGCAAGAAAGGCAAGGCUGGUGGCAUUGUCUACGAGAUGCCUGCGUUCACGGCAGAGCUGCUCACCCCCUUCCCCCGGGUUGGGGUGCCUGUGAAGUUCGACAAGCUCCUCUACAACGGCCGGCAGAACUACAACCCCCAGACAGGGAUCUUCACCUGCGAGAUCCCCGGCGUCUACUACUUCGCCUACCACGUCCACUGUAAAGGGGCCAACGUGUGGGUGGCUCUGUUCAAGAACAACGAGCCGCUGAUGUACACCUACGAUGAGUACAAGAAGGGCUACCUGGACCAGGCUUCAGGCAGUGCCGUGGUCCAGCUCAUGCCUGGAGACAAGGUUUACGUUCAAAUGCCAUCCGAGCAGGCAGCAGGACUCUAUGCCGGGCAGUACGUUCAUUCAUCUUUUUCAGGAUAUUUAUUGUAUCCCAUGUAAAACAAAAAAACAGACACACACACACAACAACACACACACACACGAAGUCAAAACCUUUCUCCUCUGCUUCAACUUUUAUACCACAAAAAAUGCAUUUUAUGACCAUUUUGGACCAUCUUGUACAAAAAAAAAGAAUAAAUACAAAGUUUAACAUUAUGCACAGCUAGUUAUAAAAA